ACCGGAUGUCUCCAAGUUCACGGUUCUUCUGGGGAAACACCGGCUGCGGAGGGAUCCGAUGGAGGACGGAGCCGUGCUGCUCUACCCCUCCCAAAUCAUCCUGCACGAAGAAUACGACAAUGCCGAGGUGGAUAAUGACAUCGCUUUAGUGAAAAUCCCAGCAGUGGACGUGGACAACAACGACUACAUCAACACCGCCUGCCUGGAGGUUCCGGAUGUUGCGAAUUCAUCCACCCAGUUCACGUCAAAGUCCACCUGUUUCACCCAAGGAUGGGGCGUCACUGAAAACCAAACGCAGGCAGACAUCCUCCAGGAGGCCCGUGUGCCGCUGAUAGAAAACUGUGUUGAGGAGACGUCCUACAGGGAGAGCCAUAUAACGGAGAACAUGCUGUGUGCUGGCUACGUCGACGGCGGGGUGGACUCGUGCCAGGGUGACUCCGGUGGUCCGUUGGUGUGUCAGGACGAGACGUCCGGUCGCUGGCAGCUGGUGGGCAUCACGUCGUGGGGGUUCGGCUGCGCCAGGGACGGGUACCCUGGGGUGUACGCGCGCGUCAGCAGGUACAUCGACUGGAUCAAGAACACUAUCGAGAACAAUUAGUGACGUCACAGGUCAUACGUCAGCAUACGGGAACUCUGGGUCUCUACCAUUGUGACAGCACUUCGGCAGAACGUACUGCACCUGCGCGAAACCCGUGAUGUACUUUGCAUAGCACUUAGGCAGAAGAUCUCAUAUAAGGUUGUAUUCGCCAAUAUAAGGUAGUUUCCAAAUGUUGUGUUGUAAAAGAUAUCCUCUACAACAGGCAAAAUUCUGACGCAACGUUGACCAAAAAUCCAACGAAAUCGUGAAAAAUGUGGGUUUGCGCACGCGCAGUACGUUCUGCUGACGUGAGCUCAUUGUGACGUGUUAUGAUGAUGACGUAGUAUCUCUUUUGCAACGUUCUUUUUAUUGAAAUGAUUCACAGACGAGCAGCCAUUUUAAACAGUUCUAAAAUAUACUAGAAAUGAUGCCAGUUGCCAGAUGUCAAUAUUAAGCCAGGAAUAUCUCACUGUGAUAAUCAAGUUUUAUAUUCAUUUCACAUAUCAUAAUAUUUUUGUAUAUUUGGCAUUUUUGUAAUUCUUGACUUUAGUAUGUGAUUUUUAAAGGCAGUUUUACACCAGUUGGACUUACAUGCCAGUUUUUUCCAACAUAUUGCCCUUUUUUAUGAAAUACAUGUAGUAUGUUUUGUGUUUUCCGUUUUCAUAUUUUACUCUGGUUGCCUGAAUGUUGCAAGUUCUUUGCUUGGUUUGUUCAUAUUUGACCACUUUUAGCUUAUUUCGCACGGAAUUGUUUUGCACAUGUGUGUAUAAUAGGAUACUACAUUUGUAGUAUAUAUUUGGUUAAUAAAUUACGGUUAAAGAUUUUGUGUGGAGUCCUUCCGCAAUAUUAUUCCGAAAUAUUAGGCGGUUGAUUUUUAUGCCUUAAUAAUUACCAGAAGAUCCAUUGAAAGUGACUUCACGCUCUUACGUUUUAUUGCAUUUUAUUGAAUAAAAGAUUACAAACCAGUGUUCAAUUUUCAGCCUUAGCGUCUACAUUAC